UGAGAGCGAUUGGUUGCACAACCAAAAUCGAAACAGCAGAAGUGCAUUUCGUCAUGGCAUGGAGGUCACUUUUAAACAUGAUUCUUAACAAUCCACAGUUGAUACAAAAGCUUUCAGAGUCUCCUCCUAUCAGAAAUUCUGCGAGAGUAGUCGCUGGCAUGAUAAAUAAAGCUCGUUUUAAUGCUGAAGAUAAAGUGGAUGAACUAAAGGGGAAGGCAAAAGAUGCAAUGAGUCAAAAUUCAGUGAAACAUGAGGAAACAACAUCAUCAGCAGUACCAGGAUCUUUUUCAGAAACGUUCAUACGAGAACUCAAAGAUGGGUUUAAAGGCUUAUCAGAACAGUUAGAACGAGAACAAGAACUCGAAAAAGAACGACAAGAAAUGGAGGAAAAAUUAAAAAGAGAAAAUCAAAGAAAAUAGUGUCUUGUUUAAGAUGUAUGUAGUACAUGUUUAUUUGUUGAAUGAGUGAUUUGUUAUAAAGUCCAUGUCACCACAUAUACUGUUUGAAAAUGUCUAAGUGUAAAUCUACACUAGUCAGUGUGAAAUAUGAUUAACAUGUCAAUAUAUUUACUGAGUUAUAGAACUGUGUUAAAUCAACACAAGUCAGUGUGAAUACUGAAUCACUGGAUUGUGUUAAAUCAACACAAGUCAGUGUGAAUACUGAAUCACAGGAUUGUGUUUAGCCAACACAAGUCUGUGUAAAUACUGAGGUACAAGGUUGUACUUAGCCAGCGCAAGUCUGUGUGAAUACUGAAUCACAGGAUUGUGUUUAGCCAACACAAGUCUGUAAAUAAGCUAUUUGUGGAUAACAUGGAAUGUGUAAACCAGUAUGAAAGUGUGUAUCUGUUGAGAAGUGUUCAGUGCAUAUGAUAAUUGAAUACUGUUUGAUAGCCGGAUGGGAGAGUUGUACUGUUAAACUCCUAGAAUGUGAUAUUUACAUGACAUACAUGUUCGUGGCAAGGUGUAGUCAUAGUAACAAGUUCUUCUUUCUGCUGUAUUUUUGUUACUGAGAGAAUAACUGUGAACUUCAAUAAGGCAUCAACAAAGCAUGAAUAAUUAGUCAUUUGUGACAAAAGCUACCUUUGAUGUGUUAUCAUCUCCUGACAUUUCAAAAAUAAUUUUUAAAAAUACAUAUUUAUAUUACGACUUGCCAUGUAAUAAAUACCUAGAAAUAUGUCUUUCAUAAUAAACAGUAAGAUUUA